AUCCAAUAUUAUUGUCCAUCUAAUACCUAAUGCUUUAUAGAUUCUGGUCUGGAAGGGUGGUCAUCCUUCUCUGGCAUCACUUGCACUAAAUUAUACUUUUGUAUUGUGGCGCGACCCUAGAUCAAUUCAAGCUUCUAUCGAGUGCGGAGUACUCUCUCUUAGUAUCUGUACAUACAACUACCAUCUUCAAUCGAUUUUGACCAAAUACCGCAUCAAAAGAAAUUACACCAUCUGUCAAAAGUAGUCAAUCUUCUUUCCUUUUCUAUGGGGCAACACUUUCUUCGUUUUAUGAUACAAUAUCAGUAUACCCCAACCUUGAUCAAUUGUUUCAUUCUUCGAUAUCCUUGAACUUCCGAUACUCCGCCAUUCGAUUUCAAACGUCCAGCUUCGUGGCCUCUCGAAUUAGUCUGAUCAAAACCCAAUUCGUGCUUAUUCUGGACUUAGAACGUGCCCCCUCAUCUGGAUGCGGCCAAGUGAUUGAUUUUUUGGGUUCACGACGCUCCGCUUCCUCAGAUCCAUUUUCGAAUAUAUCGACGAUCCUCACUGAAAGAGGUUGUUUUUUCUCUCAUCGGAUACUCGACAAAUAGGCGCCUAUAACCGCGGUACGACAUCGUGUAGGAAGCCGAAUUCGCAUUUCAAAAUAGGAUAUGUCCCAAGACCUUGGAACAAGGAGACUACUCCCCCAAAGCUCACAAAUGCAGAACUUUUCGUUUGCGCCAACAAACUUUGGCCCAAGAGAGAAUCAAAAAAAUUAUGUCUUUGUUGACGAACACAAUCGCCACAAGCGUUUGAAGGUGAUGCGAGCUUGUGAAGGAUGUCGAAGAAGAAAAAUUAAGUGUGAUGCUGCAACAACGAACACCUGGCCAUGCUCCGCUUGCACAAGGCUCAAGUUGGGAUGUGUCCCCCCAACAGUGAACUACGAUCGCGAUUUCCAGCAAAGUAAUCAGACCUUUGAAGCAGAAGCGCCGCAAUACGAUAAUGGUGGAAAUCCCAGCGGUGGGUACCAUCAGCAAGUUCCAGUACAACAGCAAAUGACAGGCCCCUCAAAGGUGGUACCUCCAAUUUAUACACAACAACCUCCAUAUCCCGAUCCGAAUAACAUGUAUCAAUCUAUUCCAUACGGAGGACCCUCGAGUGCACAUAGUCAACAGAGUAUGCAUUAUAAUGCUCUUCAAACUCCAGUCAGCGCACUCAGCCAACAUACAGAAUAUUCGCCACAAGCGGUAUAUCCCACAGCCCCUCUUCAGCAACAAACACAUGAUUCACCGGAAAAUUAUACCCAUAGUGAAUACAGCGGGGAGGAUUUGGCCGACUUGCUAGGAGAACUCAAGAUGAACCCCGCAGGCACAGCUCCAUACUUGAACAACAAGAACAGGACCAGAGCGUUGGUAGAAGAACCAGCUUUUGAAGACAUCGAUGAAUACAAAAACGCUUUACCCCCAAUUACAUUGAGCGCCGACAUGAAGAUCAGAAUACCUCCCGAGUUGCUUCCAGACGAACAGACUAUCCUUCAUUAUUUUGAGAUGUACUUCACAAAUGUACAUCCUUAUGUACCUGUCCUUAACAAAACUUUGUUUUACCAACAGUGGCAUACGAAUCGAGAUGCUAUCUCACCUUUGAUACUGGAAGCUAUUUUUGCAAUCGCUGGAAGACUUGAUGAUGAACCAGCGCAGGGCCAUCAGUGGCUCGCCCUUGCUUCUAAACAUGCCGAUGCUUUUAUGGAUGUUCCGCGAUUGAGCACUCUUCAAGCAAACCUAAUAAUACUUAAAGCAAGAGAAUCCGCUCCAAAGCGUGGAUAUUAUUAUCGUUCAUGGAUGACUGUAGUAGCAUGCGUUCAAAUGGCCAAGGAUCUGGGUCUAGAUGAGCACUAUGAAGAUCACAAAGCAGGCCGAUCAUGCGGUUCUGAUCUUGCUGACUGCAUUACCAAAACUCGAAUAUGGCAAACCAUAUUCGUUUGUGAAUUGAUGAUCGGUUCUCCACAAGGUCGGACGGAUCUCGCGGUCGACAUGGAAACACUUGACUUGAGCGUUCCCAGAUCUGGGAUCGACAAUGGAGAACUCGCCAUCACGCGCAAUUUCACUUGGUUCACACGUGUUGUUCGCAAUGUUCGGAGGAUGAAUAAUGUUUACGCAAAAGUUAAGAAGAGAAAGGAGUGGGGUAUCGAUCCAGAUUUCGUACAACUCAACCCUUCCUUCGAAACUUGGAUGAAUGAUCUUCCCGAAAACCUACAGAUUGAUUUUCCAGCGGAUGGAUCCCCUCCAUGGCUGCCUACUCACUUCAUUGGCAAUCUUCACUCCUACUAUUACCUGAGUAUUAUCAUGCUUCAUCGUCCACAACUCACUUUCAUGGAACCAGGAAUGGACGGGUGGAAACACCAUAUGCUCAUAUGUUAUAAUUCUGCGAAGCUCUUAUGCAGACUUCAAGAAAGUGUCUUACAGUCAUUUGGCUUAACUGGUCUAUUAUGCAUGCAACGGGGAAUCAACUUCACUAUCUAUUGUGUUCUGACUUGCACAGUUCUUCACUUGGUUGCGAUCACAUCCCCGGAUCCAGACUUGAACUCAGACGCCCGGGAAUAUUUUACCAGACAUAUGAGAAUCCUAGAAAAAUGUACCAGCUCAUGGCCCAUGCCAGAUAUGCAACAACAGAUUGAGUCACUCAGGCAGGCAUUUUCAGCUGACACUAGGAAACCUUUCGUUCUGAAGCCAUCUUUUCCUUAUGGGAGUCCAGCUGCACCGCCCCAUACUAGUCCUGCAAGAGGAAAUGUUCAACAGUAUCGUCAAGGAAGCACCUCAUUGGAGAGUCAAAAUUUGGGACAUCAAAAUGCCCAACAGCAACAAGUCAGUUACACAAGUCACCCCAUUUCACCACCCAUUUCAGCUGGGGGCAUAGACACGAAAAGUGACUCUCCCGCUGUACAGUCUCUGGUCAUGAUGGCCACUGGUCAAAGACCCCCAGUUCCAAUUACAAGCGGGCUUCAAAUGGCAGAUAACUCGACAUGGAACCCGUCAAGAAUUUUUGACCAAUGGAACAGCACUUUCGGUACGCCUCCCGCUUCGAGCAGCUCUGCUUCUGAAACGACCCCUCCUCUAAAAACUCCCUCUUCAGGUGCACAAGAACUCCCGACACUCCCAGAAAUGCAAAUUCUCCCCAACGUGAGCUUACCGCCAGGCUCACAACCUAUGCCUCCACAACAAUAUUCUGGAGCGCCCAUCCCCUCAUUUGUGAGCCCAAGUAUGUGGCAAGAAUCAGUCGCGAAUGUGUAUGAAAGCGGAAUCAAACGACAUUGGGAUUACUCAGAUCCAAAUGAGAUGGUGAAUCCUAUCGCAAAACGAAGAGGUUGAUCGUCUCGAUCUGGUGAAAGGUGAAAGGUUGUAGGUACGAAUACGUACGAUUAAUGAACGGCAAUCGAAUUCGAUAUCAAGAAAGCCAGAUCCAUAUACACCCCAUACGCACAAUUCAUUUUAUCCUGGAGAUUAAUUGUCUAGUUUACACUUUUGUACGGACGGGUCGAUAGAUCCGAAAGAUCUAAUUUUGGGUAUAUAUACGUCUUGGCUCGACCGACGCGUCACGAUUUCCAUUGAUAUUCAGGGUAAAUUUUCGCAUCACGUUGGAUUUUUCAUAUUUUGGGUCAAUAAAUUAUCAAAUGAGUACAUAAAUAAAUUUCCAUACACAAUCUCGAGGAGCAUGGGGGGAAAAGGUCGGAUUCAUCAGAUAGGGAGUCAUACACUGGAUAGGAUCGCUGGAUUGGCUUGAAAGCGGGAUGAAGAGGGAGCAAUUGGGCGUAUCAUUGGGUUUGGGAUGGCUGGAAAAGUGUUGUGAUUGGCCAAGAUAAUCGCCGGGUUGCUUGGAGAUCUUGAAAACUUAGCAUUGGUAUAAUGAUGAGAUGGAGGAAUACAGAAAGGGAAGGAGAAAAAUGUUUUAGGUUGGAAAGAUGAUGUGUUGAUACUGUAUGUUGCCGCGAGAAAUACCGUGGCCCAUGGUAGGAAAUGGAAUGACUUGUAUGCUUGAUAUAUUAUUAUGUCAUCAUAUUUUGGUGGCUGCAUUGUAUUUAUGUAUUUCAACGGUGCAUUUGGGCCUCUUAGAAAGGAAUACUUGUCAUACCUAUCUUUGAUUACGUGUAUAUAGGAGAACUGGCAAGAGUUUAGGAGGCGGGAUUAGAAAUAGUUGCAUAUACACAUAUAUUUAUUCGCGUCA